GACCAUCAAAUUAAAUUACAGUAUUAAGCAUUCAAUUUUCAAAAACAAAAACAAAACGAGGACCGAGAACGCCGCGACACGUGACCUUGCGCACGUUCCGCGCCUGGAACGCCGCGCCAUCAGUUUUUUUUCCGUUCAGGUUAUGUUAGUUAUUUACAAAAUGCUUAUUUUCGCGUAAACCACCGCGGCGAAGUCGUGUCUAUCGCGGAACAAUGGCCCUGCUACCGCCCGAUCCGGUGUUCUGCUUCAAGGGCGACAUGGACCGCGUCCACAGCAUCUGCUUCCCGAGGACGAAGACGGGGGAGACCACACAGCUGAUCGCCGCCACCGAGAAGGGUUCCGUCUACAUCUGGAGCCUCGAGACAAACCGGCUGCAUUACAAACAGAACAUGGGCAAAUCCAUCCAGACGGUCCAUGCCAUAGACAACGACAUAAUAAUACACGAAAAAUCAGGAACAGUCACCUUAUGGUCAGUAGAAGACAGAACCUACGUAGCCCAAAAGCAAUACGAAUGUGAAGGAGGCUUUUGCAAAAGCAUCAUAAUAGACGACUGCAUCGUGCUGCCCCAGUCGGAAAGCACAAUCGACGUGGUCGUUUGGAGCACCAUGGAAAAGAAACUGAGACUGUCGCCCGGUAAAACUGAAGACGACGAGGAGAGGAAGCUGGGCUAUCUGAUGGCUGUUGAGCACGUGAAGCUGGGAGACAAAGACUGCAUACUAGGAGGCUACGAGACUGGUGAUAUAAUACUGUGGGACUACGGCACCGGGGAGCAACUCGGCCACACCAAGCUCAGGGAUCACAUAACUUCGUUGACGUUCGACCCGGUGACGCGCCGCGGCGUUUGCUCGAACGCCUCCAACGUGCUGGAGGUGUUCGGCAUCGACGCCGACCACAACAUCACCACCAAGUGCGAGGUGACGGUGACGAACGACGGCUGCAACAAGGUGAAGCUGCGGCCCGACGGCAAGAUAUUCGUGCACUGCGGCUGGGACGGCAAGAUCAGGAUCUACUCGUGGAAGACGAUGCGGGUGCUGGUCGUGCUGACCGAGCACAAGAGCGCCGUCACCGACGUCCAGUACUCGCCGGACGUCGUCAAGUAUUGGGACUCGAAGAUAUUCGCUGCCAGCGGAGAGGACGGACGCAUAUCGUUGUGGGACAUCUACAAAUGAUUCACUAUUACUAUUUUUUUUAAUUGAUUUGUACAAAACGUUUUUAUUGUGAUGUAUUUGUUAUUAGAUAUCGAUUUUCCAAAUGUUCAACACUAUAUUUUUGCCAAAAGUUGUCGAUUUAUUUAUUUAAUAAAGUAUUUUUCAUUUUA